CGCCUCUGUUCUUCCUUCUCUCCCCUUACCAGUCAAGGGUAAAACAGACAUUUCAAAUCCUGCAACUACUUCAGUUAACUAACUCUUCUUCUUCAUUCAAAAAAAUAACCUCCGCUUCCAAAAACCCUAACAGAAUCUCCAUAACCAGAAAUCAGAAGAAGCUCCGAUUACUUAUCCAUCAAUGGCGAAACCGCCGCCGAGAGCCUUCAAGACCGCCUGCAUAACCCUAACGCCGCCGUGCUUCCCCGCCGUCUCCCCUUUCUUCUUCAUCCCCAAAAAGCCAUGGCGCCUCCGCUCACCCUACCUCACCCCCCUCUUCCUCCUCUGCACAUUCCUCUGCCUCUGCCUCCUCACCCUCCACCCCCCCACCCACCCUCCUCCUCCCUGCCCCCCCCUACCCAACCCCUCCCCCAUCCCCCCUCUCUACAUCGCCUCCCUCUCCUCAAUCUGGAAAGAUCACUCGAACCACGAAUCCGUCUCCCUCUCCACCGGCGCCACCGUCCCCCUGCCGCCGCGCGGGCCGCCGGUGACCGUCAACGCCUCCGCCGCCGAGUUCUGGCGGCAGCCCGACGGCGAGGGCUACCGCCCCUGCCUCGACUUCAGCCUCGACUAUCGAAAAGCAUCGGCGAAAAUUGCGAAAGAGAAGCGGCGAUUCCUCGUCGUCGUCGUCUCCGGUGGCCUCAAUCAGCAGCGGAAUCAAAUCGUCGACGCUGUCGUCAUGGCGAGAAUUCUCGAGGCCGCGUUAGUCGUCCCGGUUUUGGAAGUUAACCGCGUGUGGAAAGACGAGAGUGAGUUUUCGGAUAUCUUUGAUUUGGAACACUUCAAGAAAACGCUACAAUCCGACGUUCGCAUCGUGUCGUCGCUCCCUUCGACUUAUUUGGUCUCAAAACAAUCGAUCGAAAACCAAAUUCCCGCGCACGUCUCGCCGGUUUGGAUCCGCGCGAAGUUUCUUCACCAACUCAACGAAGAAGGCUUCCUAAUCUUAAAAGGCCUCGAAUCGCGGCUAUCGAAGAACCUCCCGACCGAUCUCCAAAAACUCCGUUGCAAAGUCGCGUUCCACGCACUACGUUUCGCAUCACAAAUCCGCGAUCUUGGCGAGCAAGUCGCGCGCCGGAUGUGGAUCGAGGGUCCGUACGUUGCUAUCCAUUUACGAAUGGAGAAGGACGUUUGGGUCCGGACGGGUUGCCCGACCGGGCUAGGAUCCGAAUACGACAACGCGAUCGCCAUCGACCGGAAAUCGAACCCGGAUUUCCUCACCGACAAGCUCAACAUGACGAAAUCCGCGCGCCGUCUCGCCGGACUAUGUCCUCUAAACGCCCGGGAAGUCGCCCGACUUCUCAAAGCACUAGGCGCGCCCCGCGACGCGAACAUUUACGUCGCGGGCGGGGAGCCGUUCGGGGGCAGCCGCGCGCUGCAGCCGCUCGUCGACGAGUUCCCGAACAUCGCGACGAAGCUGACCCUGGCGCGGAAAGGCGAGCUCGAACCUUAUUUGAGCAAGCCGUCGAUCCUCGCGGCCAUCGACUACAUCGUGUCGCUGAGCAGCGACGUGUUCGUGCCGUCGCACGGCGGCAACAUGGGCCGAGCGAUGCAGGGGCACCGGGCGUACGUCGGGCACCGGAAGCACAUAAAGCCAAACAAGCGGAUGAUGCUGCCGUUGCUGGACGACGCCGCCGCCGCGGCGGAGGAGGAGGUGGGGAAGGCGGUCCGGCGGCUGCAUAAGUAUUCGAUGGGGCAGCCGGAGUCGAGGAGGAAGAAGAUAGAUAGGGAUGUGUUGGCAUACCCCGUGCCGGAGUGUAUGUGUAAAUCUUGAGAAGUUUUGAUUUUUUUUUU